AUGUUUUUUCAGUUGGAGUGUUUUUCUAUUUUUUUACAUUUGCAAAAAGGGUGACUAUUUAUCCACGGUCCCUUUACUGGUGGAAGCUCUGUGAGUACAGUUGGUAGUAGUUUGGUCUCGCAUUGCUAUGAAUUAAUGAUAAAACUAACAAUGACUGAUGGGGCCAACGAUCACUGCACUCAUGCACUACAGUUUUUUUUUUUUUUUUUUUAAAUGACCGGAUGACAAAGUAGACUUUACAGCAGCUUAAGAACUUAAGAAGGAUACAAAAAGGAAUGGGCUUCUUUUGGUAGUAGAGAACACUGCAGAACUGCAGGAUGCAAAGGGAGUCAGCUGUAGGCAUGGAAACGGAAGAAGCUUGCUUCCAAUCUACACUGCCGUCGGAACAGAGACAGAGAAUGCCCUGCAAAGCUCCAUUCCGAACUCUGGGUAAGUAAAAUGACUGAGAAGUGAGGAAAAUGACAUGACAAGGAAAAAAAAAGAAAGCCUCAGACUGUCACUGCUUCUGCAGAAAGAGGAUUAUGGCAGCAAAAGGGCAGCACUUGUACUUAUUUACUUUCUAAAUCCACCCUUGUAGCUCUGUUAAUAUCAGCAGCGUCGCUGGAUUGCUGCUGCAGAAUAAGUGCCUCUGAUUAUUAAUGCAAGUAUAAUCUAAAGGCAUCUUCAAGUUACUGAAUAAACCUGAAUAUUUUACAGGAAAAACUUAUUUGUGAAGGGUUACCACAGCAUGAAGAGUUGGGCAUGCUGAAUCUUUCCUUUUCAUUUCAGUGCAGAAGAUGUGCUUUAGAGUCACUGGCGGUUUGCACCAUACUAAGAUAUGUAAUGAAAGUUUCCUCCACUGGGAGAGGCUGAACAAUUCAGAUUAUUAUUAUCUACCUUGUUGGACUCCAGUUGACUGAAUGAGGGGCUGCAAACUUCUGUUUGAGUAUCAAGAUGUUGCAUCUGCUAUUGUAGUGGUACACUGGGGAAUCAUGGCAAUGGAAGAGACGCGUGAGUCAAGAUCCCCCAGUAAAAGCCCAGAAAGUGUCAAGAAAAAGAAGCUGAGGAAACAUGUGCAUGUGAAGGAAAUAACGCAAGCAUUUGUCACACAUCUCAGACUCCAUGGUGUUAGGUAUAUUUAUUCUCAGAAUUACUCUUUUCAGCACAGAGCAUUCUGGUUUCUGGCCUUUUGUACAUCUUUGGGACUUUUAGUGUCCUGGUCAUCUAACCGCUUCCUUUUCCUGCUUUCUUUUCCUUCACACACAAAAAUUCAUAUGGAAUGGACUAAGGAAUUGCCUUUCCCCACUAUCACAUUGUGUAACAACAACCCAAUACGUUUUUACAAACUGACUAAAACUGAUUUGUACUAUGCAGGCAAUUGGCUUGGACUUCUCUUGGCUAACAGGACAGCCCGACCUUUAGUGAUUGAACUUCUGAAAGAUGACAAACAAAACUGGUUUCAGAAACUUUCCGAUUUUAGACUAUUUCUACCCCCAAGGAAUUUCGAAGGUGUAAGUGUAGAGUUCAUGGAUCGUCUGGGGCACCAGUGGGAGGAAAUGCUUCUCUCUUGUAAAUACAGGGGAGAGUUGUGUGGGCCGCAGAACUUUUCCUCUGUGUUUACAAGAUAUGGCAAGUGCUACACCUUUAAUUCAGGACAAGACAGUAGACCACUGCUUACAACAGUCAAAGGUGGAACAGGCAAUGGACUGGAAAUCAUGCUAGACAUACAGCAGGAUGAAUACCUUCCGAUAUGGGGAGAAACAGAGGAAACAACUUUUGAAGCAGGAGUUAAAGUCCAGAUUCACAGUCAGCAUGAACCUCCAUUUGUCCAUGAGCUUGGAUUCGGAGUAGCUCCUGGAUUUCAGACGUUUGUUUCCACUCAAGAACAGAGGCUAACGUACCUUCCUCCUCCCUGGGGAGACUGCCAAUCUUCUCCCCUGGACUCGGACUUCUUCCCCGUUUACAGCAUUACUGCAUGCAGGAUAGACUGUGAAACUAAAUACAUCGUAGAAAACUGCAACUGCCGUAUGGUUUACAUGCCAGGUGAUGCACCGUACUGCACCCCUGAGCAAUACAAAGAGUGUGCCGAGCCUGCCUUAGGAGUGCUAGCAGAAAAGGAUUCUGACAACUGCCUGUGUAGGACACCCUGCAAUUUAACAAGAUACAAUAAAGAGCUGUCCAUGGUUAAAAUCCCCAGCAAGACUUCUGCUAAGUAUUUGGAGAAGAAAUACAAUAAGUCAGAAAAGUAUAUCUCAGAUAACAUUCUUAUUUUGGACAUAUUUUUUGAAGCUCUAAAUUAUGAAACAAUUGAGCAGAAGAAAGCUUAUGAGGUGGCAGGCUUACUCGGUGAUAUAGGAGGCCAGAUGGGGUUAUUCAUUGGUGCUAGCAUACUUACAAUACUAGAAUUAUUUGACUACAUUUAUGAGGUGCUUAAGGACAGAUUACUGGACCUUCUUGGCAAGGAAGAAGAAGAAGGUAGCCAUGAGGAAAAUGUGAGCACCUGCGACACCAUGCCAAAUCACUCUGAAACCACCAUUAGCCACACUGUGAGUGUCCCUCUGCAGACCACAAUUGGAACUGUGGAAGAAAUAUCGUGUUGACUUCAUAUAUUCUACAAGUCUGAUACUGCCAAGCCCAACCAGACAGCAACACUGCAGCGGAUGACAGCCAACGCCAAGCUCAGGACUGCAUCAGAGAUGAACACAAUGUAAUGCUAUGCAUCAGGAUGUGCCAUAACCUAGAUUCACCCUCUAACAUGACGGUGUCAUUGCUCCUUGUGGUGUCUUUUGUACAUCAGUAAAGGAUGAUACUCCCUGGACUGUACAGACAUCACUGUUAUAUAUGUAUAUGCUGCCAAGUGUAAAAACUAUCACAUUGCAUGACUUUCUAAGGCAAUAGACAUCCUUUCAAGGUUCUCACUUUCUGAUGUCCAGUUGGGUUUUCAUUUUUAAAACAAACUGCAGCAGAAUGGCCUUCCACUACUCUGCCUUUCCGACACCAAUUUUUCUGUCUAUAUUUGCUGUAUUAAGUGGCUCACAGAAAAGAAAAUGCAAAAAAUAGAAAUAAACCAUUUGACUGAUAGAUCCCUGUAUUAGUGUUUGGCUUGUGAAGUUUGUGAUGAUUCUAAUAAAAACCAUAAGCCCUCUACAUAAUUUUUCCACUGUAUUAUGGUCUAAGGCAAAGCUCUGAGUACAUAUCUCUUCAUCAAGGACUUGGAAGGAAAAGGCAGAUAUUUGACAGACUGUGAUGAAAAUCGUUACUCUAUACCUGUCAUGCUCCAUGUUAAUGAACUUGUAGCACAGCCUGUCUAGUCUGUUAAAAUUUCUUUUUACAAUAUUGGUUUUAAUAUGUGCUUCUUACCAUUAGCAUAACUGACAUAAACGUUUAUCUUGUUCUGA